AAAAAAUCCUCCCGUCCCGACUAAUCGAAAUUGGCCGAGUUUCGUCAUCAUUCCACUUGCAUGUUCUUCAUCUUGUUUUUCAUCCAUCAUAUUUUGCCAUAAAUUUAAUUUGAAAUGAUUGCAACUAACAAUCAAAUCCAAGCUCCUGCGUCCGCGCAUGCGCUUCCUCGUUGGCAGCAACUUCCGCUCCAGAUCGACUUCCGUCCACUUUUGUUUGAGGAACCGAAUUUCCUCCGCUAAUUAUUUUUUCCCGAAUUAGUUGCGAACUUAUUGAAACAUCGACAUAGCGCGUCCAUCGUGAAUUUAAAGAAGUAAAAUAUCGUUUAAAUCUUCGUGUCCGAAUAAACUCGUCUUGGUGGUGCAAGUUGAAGCUUCUCGGCCUAGUUAGCUUAGCACGCUAGCAGUUUACAAAGAGACGCGUUUGUCAGCAACGCAUCGCAAAUUAGAGAUCGCCUGUGAUUAUCGUAUGCAAAAUGUGUGCAAGAACGGCAGUUAAGUACGAGAAGGAACUUUCUGGAACGAAAGAGGAGGACGAGCCACACCGUCAACUUGUGGACGCUGCUCGCAUGCAGCCUCGUGUUGUGUUACACAGAGCAGACGUCAGUGAAAAUCUUCAUGCAGAGCGGAAGCAGUCAGUAUCCCCUCACAUCAAAGAGGAAGAGGUUCAACGCAUCAAGGAGGAGGAGGAAGAGUUCUUACACAUGAAAGAGGAAGAGCGCGAGGAAAUCAUCAAGGUUCCAUUGAAUGGUGUCCAUUUGAAGAGUGAAGAUGAAGGUCAACGUGAGGAGAGCAGAGGGGCGGAGCCUUCAAGCAGGAACUCCGCAAGUGAUGGAGACCACUGUGGAGGAUCACAAGCAGAGGGCCUCUUAGCUCCACUAUCAAAUAGUGACGACAUGACGUUGCACUCUACUCACACUGAUGAAAAUGACACUGAUGAACCAUCUGAAGGUGGAGAAUGCAGCCAAACAGAGAAAGACAUUGAAGUGGAAUGAGCUGAAGCGGGUGAACCACAUGAAUUUUUCAGAAUCAACUCUCAGCCAGGCGGCACGGUGGCCGACUGGUUAGAGCGUCAGCCUCACAGUUCUGAGGACCCGGGUUCAAUCCCCGGCCCCGCCUGUGUGGAGUUUGCAUGUUCUCCCCGUGUCUGCGUGGGUUUUCUCCGGGCACUCCGGUUUCCUCCCACAUCCCAAAAAACAUGCAUUAAUUGGAGACUCUAAAUUGCCCGUAGGCAUGACUGUGAGUGCGAAUGGUUGUUUGUUACUAUGUGCCCUGCAAUUGGCUGGCAACCAGUUCAGGGUGUACCCCGCCUCCUGCCCGAUGACAGCUGGGAUAGGCUCCAGCACGCCCGCGACCCUAGUGAGGAGAAGCGGCUCAGAAAAUGGAUGGAUGGAACUCUCAGCCAUAUUUGACAUGUAUUCAUCCAGGUCCAGCUGACAAUGAUGCGCGUGCGGCUGCCGACCUGCAAGGUGGUUCCCUGCAGUCGGACAUUUCAUCUGACAAAGCAUUGACAUACACAUUAAACACCUCCAGAAUUUCUACUUUUCACAAACAUAUGCUUCCAACAUUAGUGGAUGAAUAUUUGUUUUGCAAAGAAGGUUCUGCUCUGCCUCAAACAUCUAUUGAAAAUACAAAAAAAUGUCAUGUAAUCUGUUGCUGUUCACACAAAAACUAAGCAGUAUAUAUUUUUUUCAUUUUCUUCCCCUUCUUUAUAGUAUGUGACCAAUGCAGGUGGGGGGGUGGGGGCAAACCAGUGCAAAUUGCAGGCGGUCCCAAGCCCGGAUAAAUGCGUCAGGAAGGGCAUCCGGCUUAAAACGUUGCCAAACAAAUAUGAGUCAAAGACGAAGGAGGUGGAAAGCGGGUUCUUAGGGCAGAAAGAGAAAAGGAAAGCACAGAGCCACGAACUGAAUGUGGAGACUUUGAAUGUUGGGACUAUGACAGAAAAAGCUCAGGAGUUGGUUGACAUGAUGAUUCGGAGAAUGGUGGAUAUAAGUCCUGGAGAGCAGGUGGAAAGGCAGUAAGGCUGGAAGUUUAGGAGCAGGGUUCAAUAUAUUUUACUAUGGCAUAGAUGGGAAGAGAAAUGGAGUAGGGGUUAUUUUAAAGCUAACUCACCUGAGGAUGUCUUGGAGGUGAAAAGAGUAUCACAUCGAGUGAUGAGCAGACGAUGUAACCUGAAGGAGGUUACUUACUGUAAGGUAGUGGUAGGGGAGAGUGUGACUAGACAAGAGGAUGGUGGUGUGUAAGAUGACUCUGGUGGUGGAGAGGAAGAUUAAGAAGACAAGGCAGAGCAAAGAAUCAUGUGAGAGAAGAACUGGUACUGCAUGCGGAAGUCUGGUGUGGCAGAGAUAUACGUAUGUAUGUUAGUUUGUAUGUACUUUAGUUUCAGGUGGAGGUGGGACUGCAUCAUGGAUCACCCCUAAGCCCCUUCCUGUUUGCAGUGGUGAUGGAUAGGCUGACAGAUGAGGUAAGACUGGAAUCCCCGUGGACCAUGAUGUUCGCAGGUGACCUGCAGUGAAAGCAGUGAGCAGGUGGAGGAACAGUUAGAAAGGUGGAGGCAUGCACUGGAAAGGAGAGGAAUGAAGAUUAGCCAAAGUAAGACAGAAUAUAUGUGCAUGAAUGAGAGGGGUGGUGGGGGAAGAGUGAGGCUACAGGGAGAAGAGAGAGCAAGGGUGGAGGACUUCUCAUACUUGGGGUCAACAGUCCAGAGCAAUGGUCUCCCUUGGCAGUGAUUAGAUGUCCCUAAACAUGAACACACAAGUAGUUCAAACAACAAAUGUCACCAUUGCAGUCUUCUGUUUUACAAGAAGAUUAUCACCAAAUAUGUCGUAAGGAAACAAAUAGAAAAAUCAAGAUGUUUCAGUUGAGGACCAUUUAAAAAGUGUCUGCCAGGAACCUAAAAAUGGCAAAAAAAAUAAAGCUGUACUACAUUAAACUGUAUGUUAAAUAUCCAUCCAUCCAUUUUCUUUACCGCUUAUCCUCACGCGGGUCACGAGUGUGUUGGAGCCUAUCCCAGCUAUCUUCGGGUACACCCUGAACUGGUCGCCAGCCAAUCGGAGCGCUUGCAAAACGAUGUAUUAGUUUUUUUCAUGAAACUGUUAUUUGAAUGUCUGAUUGGUGAAAUUCAAAACAAACAUUUCUGCGAAGAAUGCUGCACAGCCGAAGAGUAAACGAGACAAUUGUCAACGCAUAGUAGACUUCAUGCAGAAUGGCAGAGCUUUCUGUUGCUAACUAACCGAAAUGGAACAAUGAUGAAUUCAGAUUUUGAUGUGCCUGUUAUUUGUUUUUAUUUAAGCUUCAGCUCUGAAGAGUUCCAAAUCCCAUUCAUUUUCUAUGGUAGUGCUAAACCACGACCGAUGCAACAUUUUUCUGGGCCACUACUAUGGAAUCAGAUUUGUGCCAAAAAGAUUCACUCAAAUUUUUUUAAUAGAAAACAUGAAACAAAGAUUCACACAAAACUUUUUAAAUCGCAAACGUGCCAAUUAUUGAUUUUUUUUUUUUGCUUGCAAUGAAGACUUUUGCGUUUGCCUCUCUUUUUUUUCCCGCUUAUGUCUCAGUUUUUUUCCGUUUACAGUUUAAGUUUGAAGUUUCUGAUUUUUUCUCUGACUUUUGGCACAAACGUCUCAGGUGGGUGGGUUUUAUGAGGAAUGCGUCCUCAUUGGCUAAUUAAUUUUGAUGCUUCUUUAUUUACUUCUCAAUGCUUCUUUACAGUCUAGUUCAAUCGAACAUUCAAUUACGGGAUAUGGACAUCACAUUGCGUCGCAAUGAGUAUGAUAUGAUUGAGGGGAAAUAAUUAAAAAGCAAAAAACAUCUAUGAACACCAACUGCAGAAGUUCUACUUUUUCAAGUGGCAGAUAUAUGGAAGCACAAGAAGCAGCAAACUGAUUUAGGGGAUGCAUAUCCAAUGUGAACUUUUGUUGAUUGUUUUUAAUUGGAAGUUAAGUCAUUUUCUUGACAAAGAUUCCUUCGUGCUAUUUUGUUUCAAAGAGUAAUGUUCAGCGUUGAUACACACAGGAGUCAUGUCCAGAUUGGUUUGGAGGCCUAUAAGGCGAUGCAAGGGGGGUAUUGGCACUUAAGUAUUAAACGACUCCCCCUACUGUGUCUGCUCCAGCUCUGUGGACACGCCUGCCCUCCAUAUGAUGUAUUGUUAGAUAUCCAUUUGACAAUUUGUUGUAUUAUGUUUGAUUUAGUUGCAAAAUACUGGCAGAUGUUUUUGUUUUUCCAGGAGUGUUCGGGGUCCCGCUUGUAUAAACCUGGACUCCGAGACUUGUUCAUGGACUGUGAUUAUGGACAGCGGGCCCUGGGCGGAAUGGUUCUGAAUUUCUUCAUCAAUGUCACGAACUGUGGACCAUAUGGAGGGAGACCACCAUUAUGGUUUUUUUCUAUUUUCAUUUGUGUGUAUUUUGAUAUGUUUGCUUCCACAGUUUUGUUCAUUUAUUUCGAUGAUUGUAUUAUUCUGUUGUGUAUGUUUUGUCAUCCGGGUCAGGGUCCCCUGCGGCGGUUUGCUGGAGGCUUGAUAUGGCUCUCUCUCUAUGCCUCGUCUCUCUUAAGAGAGAUUUUUCGAUGGAGAGCCGGGAAACCUUGGCGCUUCCACGAGGCUGCACGUGCAAAUGCCUAAAUUUAGGAUUGGCUAGCGUCAUUGUCGUUAUUGUUCGUGGGGAGGAGAUUUUGUUUAUUUGGCUGUUUGGUACUCACGUGUGGCUUCAGGGGCCGACGAGGGGACGCAGGGAGUAAUUCGGCCUUAUUAGGAUAAUUGUUUUUCCUAGUUAAUGGUUAACCUUAAUUAGAAGUGUUGGAGCAUGAUAGACUUUCUUGACCAAGUAGAUUCUUCCAAUUUGUAGAUAAUAGGUUACCUUUUUGGGCUAAUGCUGGUUUGUUGUUUCUUGCCAGGUGUCAGUUGCUGCUUCUAUGUCUUGUAAUGAGUUCGGGGAUCUCAUUAAAGGGGGAUCCAUCCAUCCAUUUUCUGAGCCGCUUCUCCUCACUAGGGUCGCGGGCGUGCUGGAGCCUAUCCCAGCUGUCAUCGGGCAGGAGGCGGGGUACACCCUGAACUGGUUGCCAGCCAAUCGCAGGGCACAUAGAAACUAACAACCAUUCGCACUCACAGUCAUGCCUACGGGCAAUUUAGAGUCUCCAAUUAAUGCAUGUUUUUGGGAUGUGGGAGGAAACCGGAGUGCCCGGAGAAAACCCACGCAGGCACGGGGAGAACAUGCAAACUCCACACAGGUGGGGACGGGGAUUGAACCCCGCACCUCAGAACUGUGAGGCUGACGCUCUAACCAGUCGGCCACCGUGCCGCCUUAAAGGGGGAUAUGUAGUAUAUUUAAAUAGCACCGAAGUCCGAAUUCCUUUGAGAGGACCAAGUGUUUUGAGAACAGUAUUCAAGCCAACCAUCUUUGUAUUUCUACAUCAAAGGAAUUCCUUUCGCCAUUUGUAUGUUUAUUAGGGUUUCCCUUCUCUUCUCGGACCAUAACCUGUCUUUGGUUUACAGCAGAGGUUCGAGUCAACAAAGAGGACUGAUUUGCAUCUUACGAGAUAAGGGUACCAUUUGGGCACCAGGCCAGUCUGUUAAGACGGCAGCAGGCGGGUGUGGGUGUUUCACGGACACAGAGUGUCGCCUUGUGGCCAGCAGAACACUCCAAAAAUGGUCAUGGGGAGCGACCACCUUCUGGGUAAACCCUAGGGGCGGGGCUAAUUCCAUUCCCAGAUCAUUCAACCUUUAUAAACUGGCAUUCAGGAGUUUCGGGGGCUUUUUCGUUGUCCUGGCUAAGGCUUGUUAAAUAAAUCUAA